CUAAUUGAGCAAACCUUAACAUCGCACAUGGUGUGCAUCCCUCUUCAUCUCCAUGGCCCUCGCUACCUUAAAAUUCGUUUGCAAACCCAAUCUUCAUCUUCGCCCCGCUCCCUUUCAAUUUGCGCGCAAGGUUGUUCCAAGAUCUGUCCCUACGGUUGAGGCAGAGGAAUGUAGCGGCUCAAAUCGUGAACAAGAAAAAAAGAGUGACCCGUCAUGGAAGAAAUUGAAUUCCAAGGAGCUUGGACUUAGAAAUUCAAUGAUAGCAAAUCCAACGAAAAAGGUUCUCAACAUGCUGAAGAAAAAGGGGUAUGAUGUAUACCUGGUAGGAGGUUGUGUACGAGAUCUUAUACUAAAGCAAACACCAAAAGACUUUGAUGUUAUAACUUCAGCAGAUCUUAAAGAGGUGAUGAGAACAUUUUCGUGGUGUGAGAUAGUUGGUAAAAGGUUCCCAAUAUGUCAUGUUCAUAUGGAUGAUACCAUUGUUGAGGUUUCAAGUUUUAAUACUGCUAGAUGCAAGUCGGGUAUGCUCUCUGCUCAUGAUAUUGAGGCACCUAAUGGCUGUGAUAAGGAGGACUAUCUUCGUUGGAGGAAUUGUUUGAAACGAGACUUUACAAUUAACGGGUUGAUGUUCGAUCCGUAUGCAAGACUUGUAUAUGAUUACAUGGGAGGAAUUGAAGAUAUUAGAAAAGCUAAAGUGAGAACUGUGGUUCCUGCAGCUAUUUCUUUUCAGGAGGAUUGUGCUCGCAUUUUACGUGCAAUUAGAAUUGCUGCUCGCUUGGGGUUUAGUUUUUCAAGGGAAACAGCUCAUUCUGUUAAAAAUCUUUCAUAUUCAGUAUUAAGACUUGAUAGGGGUAGGCUCCUAAUGGAAAUAAAUUAUAUGCUAGCUUAUGGUUCUGGUGAAGCUUCUUUGAGGCUAUUAUGGAAAUUUGGACUUCUAGAUAUACUUCUCCCCUUUCAGGCUGUUUAUUUUGUUCACCAUGGAUUUCGGAGACGUGACAAAAGAACCAAUAUGCUUUUGUCUUUCUUCUCCAAUUUGGAUAAACUUUUGGCACCAAACCGUCCAUGUCAUAGCAGCUUAUGGGUUCUUAUCCUUGCAUUACAUAAAACCCUGAGUGAUCAACCAAGGGAUCCCUUGGUGGUUGCUGCGUUUAGCCUUGCAGUCCAUAAUGGUGGUAAUUUGUUGGAAGCAGUAGACAUAGCUAGGAGGAUCAACAGAUCACAUGAUGCCAAAUUUCCUGAAUUAUUAGAUCCUUCUGGUCUGGAUGCUGAGGAUUUGGCAGAUGAGAUUCUGGAUCUGUCAGAGUCUGUUAAAGGGUCACUACUGCAGAUGACAACGAGGCAUUUGGUAUCUCGGGCUAUGGCUGACUAUCCCCAAGCCCCUCAUUCAGAUCUGGUGCUCAUCCCAUUAGGAAUGUACAUAAAAUCUCUCAGCAUUUUUGACUGCGUGAAAGUAAAUGCUGGUAAGAAAUUUUUGUCAAAGCAUGGCAGAACAAUUGAUUAUGAGUCCUUAGCUCGUGGUGACGUGCAAGAAAUUCGGCAUGUGUUUGCAAGGAUUGUAUUUGAUACCGUAUAUCCACUACACCUAAUUCGAGAUCAGUUGUAAAAGAGCACUGGAAUUUCAGGAGGCUAGUUUGAAGUUUUAUUAUAAAUUAGAAAAUUGAUGCUGGAGUAGGCAUUCUAUCGAGGGGAAUAGUUGGAUGAAUAUUGGUAUAGAAGUGGUGAAAAUCUAAUUCCUGCAUUUGAGUGGUUGUUGCAGCAAUUAUCAUCAAUUUUGUCAUGAGCCACCGGUGACAGCUUUGUGGUGGGACUUACCCUCCCAUGUAAUGUACCUAUCUCCCAGGCUACAUAGCCGGCGGAUGAAAGAGUAAAAGGAGUUAUGCACAAUCCCCCCUCUCUUUUUUUUCUCUCUCUCUGGUUCUAAAGUUUUUUUAUUUUGGUUAAAGAAUAAUUCUUUCAUCAAUAUUAUACUUACAGAUUGUGCUCAUCGUGUUAUGUAAACGUUAUUCCGCUAAAUUUAACAGUAAUGUGGUAUAUUUAGCAGUUUCAG